AUGUUUCAACGGCGCGGCACCUAUCUCCAGCGCCUGUCCAAGCUGUACUCCGACACAAAGCAAUCCUACGAGAGCGCAAAGGCCGCUGCAGAUGUCACCGACUUGCCCGAGGUGCGGGAUCUGAGACGUGAUUUUCAAAUCCAGCAGGACAGGUUACUAGCAUGGGGUAUGCACUGGACCGAUGUUGGGGCUCCCUACUCAGGUCAGGGCGAUGUCGACAUCGACAAGAAGAUCGACCAGGCGGGACUGGGAGAGGUGGUGGCCAGCGUCAUGUCCGAGAUCAAGCGACUCCUGGAGGAAAGUGGCCGACUCGAACAUCCUGAGAGGUAUGAAAUGAAACAGGCGGCAAAGUCGAAACGAGGACCCGGUUCCAGUCCAGUCACCCAACGCAAGGACUGGACCAGCUACGAGGUCAAGACCGGAAGAGCUCUGCUCGAGCAGCUAACGUCUUGCAUCGAUCUUCUCUACAGCCUGGAGGAGUCGAGGAUGGCCGACGAAAAGGGCGAGGCGAAACGGAUCAAGCAUGCCCACGAAUUCUCGGAUAGGCCCGAAUAUGGGCAUCUAACCCACCACCCACUCCAUAUCGACUUUGCCAGCCUUGAGUUUGGUUCAUUUUCUCACCAAGCCACGGAUCCGCCCCCUUAUGACCCUGCCGAAGGUUCGGUCCCAACUAGGGAGAGAUCUAUGGCCUACUAUCGCACCGCAGCUCAACAUGUCCUGGUUGACUACCUCACGGCCGAUUGUCCACUCUAUGUUGUGGGAAGCGCCGACGAUGUGUUUGAGGUUCACGAACUUGGCGAAAAGCUAUGCAAAAACCGCUCCCUCUCAUGGUGUGGCCAUCUGAGGCUCCUCGGGUUCACUAUCGAUCCCAAUGGACCUCGCUAUGGGAUGGUCUACGCUUUACCUGACGGUCAUGACCACAAGAGUUUGCAGCAGCAUCGGACCUUAGGAUCUCUGAUCGCGGCCAGUAACAAUCAGGAAACAUCGCAACCAGCCCUGGAAGACAGAUUCCGUCUUGCAUACAAUCUAGCCCUCUCGAUUCUGGGUUACUUCUCACACGGUGAAACGCAUCAGUAUGUCAACAGCAGCAACAUUCUUCUCAUCGGCUCGGGCGAACACAUGCAUCGUUCAAAUCUGCCCAAGGAACUGAGGUCCCCCUAUCUGUUGCAGUCAUGCCAGGACUUUCUUUCCCGCUCGCGGGCCGAGGAGCCGUUUGCGGUGCAGAUCUACCGCCAUCCAGAUCAUGACAUUCAUGUUGCCGAAGUCGUCCCUGCAUACGAUAUCUACAGCUUGGGGUUGUUGCUACUGGAGGUUGGACUGUGGAUCCCCCUCUCGAAACUAUGGAAGCCAAAAUAUGACCGCCGGACUUUCAUGAACAGGAUCCAGCAGAUUUAUUCCCACAAACUCGCUCCAAAGUGCGGUAGCAAGUACAUGCGCCUUGUCCAGAAAUGUCUCCAGGCACCGACUGAAUUGCAGUUCAGAAACAACUAUGAAGAUGCCGGGGCCUUUAUGCUGCAAGUAAUAAAGGAUUUACAUCAGUGUUGUGUCUUGGACGAGGAAGGACCUCCUCCCGUCUCAGACAUUGAAGUAUUCGAGCUGCUGAUCAUCGAGCAAAUGUGCAAAGCGGAGGCAAAGGCCGUGGAAUAUUCCAAAAAGGCACUGCCGGAGGACGAUGCAAACAAGCCGGAGUUGCCGAAACGGGCAAACUCGAAGCGCAAGGCUGAAACAAUCCAGCAGUCCGCUCCGCCAGUAGAGGCACCAUUGCGAAAAUGGCCAGAGGUUGAUAUUCCCCAAGCAGACCUGGACCGUUGGAACACUCUGGUGAUGCCAAAACUAGGCAAGAUACUGGAGGCGGCACUCAAAGACUCGCCAGUCUCAUGCAGUCUCAGUCUGAUGAUGGUCGGCGCAGCUCCCGAGAACGCAAGGACAACAAUCUGUGUCCAGUGCGCGCUGGUUGACAAGGUCCGCGACGUGCUGAGGAAACGUUUCAGGCCGAAGCUGGGCUGGGGUGUUGUCGUCCUUAACGGUGAAGUUAGGAGAAGUGGCAAGAGGAGAAAGCCGAGACGGUCGGGUUACAGUUCGAUGAGCAGAGGUCACCGAGCCAUGACGCGAAGACCGCGCGAACAGAAAUACCAGGAGCGUCCUUCGAGCGGGGCUAGCAUUGGGGCUUUCAAAGACAAUGAACAUCUGCCUCCAGUCUCGUUUGGGGGCACGGUUCUUGUGGAUGGGGAAGCGUUUGGGAUGACGGUCCACCACAUGCUGGACGUCCCGAGCGACGAUGAAAUAGAUGACGAGGCCCACGUCCCGGGACAACCGCGGAGGUCUGCAGCGCCAUCCACAAUGCCCGGUCAAUUUGACACGGCUGCCGAUUUGCGGUUUAUGCAGUCUGACGAAGACGUUGCGCGGCUUUCUGACUUUGAGAUCUCAGAUGAUGAGUUCGAAGGCAGUGAUGAUGGCAGCGAUGCCACCACCAUCCGGCCAGACUAUGCAAUCAUGGAUGCCGACGGAAACGAGUUCUGGUUCUUGGAAGACUCACCGCCUGAACUCGACGAGGACGCCGGCUCCGACGAGGACGACGCAUCUUCGUCUUCCUCGGACGACCUCGAUGACGCGGCUUCUGUCGGUGACAAGACCGGCAUAGCUCCUUUCUCGGACGACGAUCUCACCGUCACACAGCCUGCCAUUGACGAUGUCGAGGACGAUUUCUUCCCUAGCGAGGAAGACCGGGAUGACGACCAUCUCGCCAGCCAUUCUUUUGGCUACGUCUUUGCCAGCAGUGGCAUACGCCGAGUGAUCAGGGGUGAGAUGAAGCACGAAGUCGACUGGGCCCUGAUCAGAGUCAACCGCUGCAGAUUGCGACUUGAGAAUGAGUUGCUAGUAGACCCAGGUGGAACAUCCAAAUCGACUGCUCGUCCCGUCAGUCACAAAACCGACGAUUCUUCGCAAACACAGCGACAGCCACAACCACCACAAGGCAGCCACAGCCAUCCUCCUGUUCUCACCACCGUGACCCCACUGGCCAAACUCUCGGGCCUGCAAGUUCACUGCCGUGGCCGCUCGUCUGGGUUCAAAAAGGGCCGCAUCUCACAAGCCAUGGCGCUGGUGAAAAUGCAUGGUCGCCAAUCCUUCUCAACCUCGUGGUGCGUCGAAGGCGGCUUCGGCAUUCCUGGCGACAGUGGCGCUUGGGUCUACGACCCCGUGACCGGAGGCCUCUGCGGACAUGUUCUCGCCUGGGGCGACAAGAGCAAGACCGCUUACAUUGCGCCCAUGGAAGUCUUGUUCGAAGACAUCAGAGGACGCCUUGGUGCCAGAUGCGUGGAGCUACCUAUACCCGAGAACAUGUGUCGUGCCGGCCUAAUUGUGAGACAGGACGGAGGGAUCGGGCAUGAUGCAAGUCCAACUGCUGCUGGUGGAGAAGGAGGAGGAGAUGCUGCUGACAUUGCCGCGAAAUUGAGAGACUUGAGAAUUGACACCACUCGAGGUUGCGACAAUGGUGCUUCUGCUGCUACUACCACGAGUACAACCGCCAACUCCAACGCAACCACGAACAUCAAGACACAAGGGGUUGUGGGUGUCAGGCAACUAGUCAUGGCUGGUGGUGUUUCGUGA